AUGCCACAGCAACUGGAAGAACGCCAGAAUCUUUUCUGCCUGGGCGCAGGGCUUUUUUUCACCUCUUCGGUCCUCCACUCCAGCCACAAAAAAGGACCCAAGAUGCAGGCGCUGGGCCUGGGCCGCGGGUGCAUCCCCCUCCGCCUCCAUGCCAGCCCCUGCCGCCGCACCGCUUCCCCCUCUCCUCCGGCUCCACCCCGUCCCCGCAGCGUCACAGGGCUAAAAACCUGCAUCGCCGCCGUGCGCGCCAGCGCCGCGCAGCCCGCGCAGAUGGAACGCAAGGGGGAGGUUAAGGUCGUGAAGCUGCGGGCGGUGGAGGCCACGCCCGAGUCCUUCGCUCCGUUCGGGCAGGUCAUCACCGCCUCCCCCGACGGCGACGAGUUCGGCCCCCACGACGCCCAGCUCGACCUCAGCAGCGGCAUCCCAAGGUUCUACAUCAUGCGGUUGCAGGACCGGCCGCUGGAGUUCUCGACCAUCACCCACCACGCCAGCGUGACCCAGUGCCUGGGCGCCAUCGGCGGCCAGGACUGGUACCUCGGGGUGGCCAAGCCGUCGAUCGUGGAUGGAGCGUCCGAGCAGAGUGGCCCGGAGGGGAGGAAGCUCUUACAGUCUGCCGCGGGGCACUGUUACCUGCCUCCUGAUCCAGCCGAGGUCUGCGUGUUCCGGGUUUCAGGCUCCAAGUUUCUCAAGCUGAACAAGGGGACCUGGCAUGCCGGGCCUUUGUUCAAGGCGGAUGCUGUUGAUUUCUAUAAUCUGGAGCUGAGCAACACCAACGUUGUCGAUCAUACUACACACUAUUUCAAGAAACAUGAUGGGAUAACAUUUGUGGUGGAGGACUAAAAAACAUUUCGCAAUCCGAACAUCAUUGCCAAGACUGCUGGCUGAUCUUCUACAAGUUUGUAGUGAACAACCAACAUGUAAAGUGUUAUGUAGAAAUGCACAUCUGAGUUCAAACUUGGGCCUCAUGCUUUGUUAGAACCAACAUGAAGGGGGAAAAACUCUGCCCGUACUUUCAAGAUGUUUGAAACUGAGACAUGAGAUUGCCUCCUGUUUUGUUAGAACCAAAAAUGAAGGGAAAACUCCGUCCCUACUUUGUAGUCGUUUGAAACUGUACUACUGAUCAGCCAAUGAUGUAGCCUCCAAAAAGAAUUGGUACAGGUACACUAUCUUGGUGAUUCCUGA